UGAUUUAAAGACUGUAUGAACUAUUGUGGUGGUAAAUGUACAUAAAGUGAAGUGAUAAUCUAGUUACAUAAAUUAAAACAAAGCAAAACUGUAACUCCACAUUUACAGCGUGAGUACUCCAAUUUGGAGCCAGAUUCAGAAACAUGGGUCAGAUCGUCGGAUCCAUGCAGAGCAAUGUGGUGGAGGUGUUGAGUGGACGGCGUAAGCGAAGGCGUAGCACAGAAUCGACGGUAUCGCAGCAGGAUCGCGAACGCGCCGAGCAGGAGGCCAAAUCGCCAAAAAAAAAAAAACUAUUGACAACCACACAGUAUAUAUACAAGGCGCUGUUCAAGGAGCAGAAGAACUCGGAUGUGGCCGUGAUGGCACUGGACAAAGUCUGGCAUCUGCACAAGGUCUAUCUUAGCCAGAGCCCGUACUUCUAUAGCAUGUUCAAUGGAUCGUGGAAGGAGGCGCAGCAGAAUUUUGUGAAUAUUAAAAUACUCGACGAUCGGAUCAAUGUGGAUAGUCUGGAUGCUGUGUUUGGCUCAAUGUACUCGGAUGAAAUUGCGAUUGAGCCCAAAGAUGUGAUACCCGUGCUGGCAACUGCGACACUCUUCCACUUGGACGGCAUCAUUGACAAGUGCGCCGAGGUGAUGGUGGAUAGCAUUGAUGCAGAGACUGCGGUGCAAUACUACGAGGCGGCCUGCCAGUACGGCGUGCUGAGCGUCAAGAAGUCCACGUUCCAGUGGUUCCAGAUCAACUUACUUAGCAUUUACAAUAAGCAUCCCAAUCAGUUGCGGCACAUCUCCAUUGAGUUGAUGACUCUGCUCACGGCUAGCCACGAUUUGUAUGUGAUGCAAACGGAAUUCUCGCUAUAUACGCUGCUGCGCACCUGGAUGUUCCUGCAGCUGCAUCCCAACUACGAUCCCGAUGAUCCGGUGCAACGGGCCGAAGCGCAACGGACCCAGGAGAGGCUGGUGAAUGCGGGCGUUGAGACGCAUACGCCCAGCGUGGAUGUGGUGCAGUGGGCAUACUUCGCCGGCCGCAUGGAGGAGCGUUCGUUUCUGGCCACGCCCGAGGGCCAGCCAUAUGUGCCCGUCUUCCAGAAGCUGCGCACCCAGUACCUGACCAAUCACUACAUGGACUUGAAGAUCAUAUUCAACGACAAUAUCAUUCCCAAGGAAUGGCUCUACAAGCACAUACACAGCCACUGGGAUGCGCUGCUGCGCAUCGAUCACGGCCAAGAGGAUGCAAGUCCGCAGCAGCUGGACAAGGAGGAGUUCUAUGAGAAUUGCAUGCGCUGCGGCCGUUUGCUAAUGGAGCCCGGCUAUCAAAAGUGGCGCUGGACGGGCUUUAACUAUGGACUGGAUCUCAUACUCAUCAUGGACUCGCGGAGCCUGCUCAUCCGACGCCACCAUCGGCACGAGCACGAGCGGGUGCUCAGCUUGCAGACGAUACGAAAGUUUAUGAUUCGCACUGUGGUGACAUCAAUCAAUGCACAGCGCCAGGCGGUGUUUACCCAAACGUCUGAGAUCACCACGCUGAGCCUGGAGAAGAACGAGGAGGUGUCGCUGAUGGUGCUUGACCCCAAGCUGGUGCACCCGCUGCUUAUCUCCAUCAACAUGCUGGUCGUGAUGCCACCCAAUCAGAGCUUCAAGGAGGUUGUGCCCCACAGCGAGGAGACGACGCUCUCGACCACUACGAUACCCAUUUCGGAGAUUGGCGCCAGUUCUGAGCGCCCUCUGACUCCAGCCAGUGCUGAUGAUUCGGCUGUCUGUGUGAGCGGCGACUCGACGCCAUCGUCGCCGUCGCUCGGACUGCGACCAGCUGGACGCUUUAGCUGGCCCCGCAGCAGUGCCGCCUUGACCAGCGAUGGCGAGGCGCUCUGUCGCGACGUGGCGUGCUGAGCGCGUUGCACUAGCCCCACAAACCACGCCUCCACAAACCACCUAAGCAUGCAUCGUAUUACGUCCCCUUUUAAGCACAUACCACCUCGUUCUGUUCAAGGACUCGCCACUCGAGUCUCGUUUAAUCUACAUAUACACACACAUACAUAGUUGUACAUUCGUUCUCCGUUGGCUACAACUAGCGUCCGCUGUAUAUAUACUUAUAGCUAUAUAUAGUUCAACCUUCUACUAACUGUACGCCAUACAAUUGUACAUUUCCUCUAGAGCGCGUCGUGCCCCAAUGCGUCCGUCUCUAAGUAUAUAUAUAUAUAUAUAUUUUUGUAAAAUCGUUUACAUAUUACAUCCUAGCAAUUAAUGCAUUACUAUUUUGUAUCCAGAACCAGUUAAGUUUAUAUCAGCACAAUAUUUUGUGCGCUCGGCACAAAGGUGUUUCAAAACCAAUAUAUAUAUAUAUAUGAGAUAUAUAUAUAUAGUAUUUACGAUUCUAAAAGUUAAGCUAACAAUGCGGCUAUCGAACUCAAUGCGUAUUCGAAUCACAAUUGCAAACGUCAUUUAAACUAAUUAACGUCUUACUUAAGU